UGGAAAGGAUCAUGAUGAGAACAGAGAACGAGCUCACCAUGAGGAACCUCAAGAACCUCAACCAGGAACUCCAGGCGCAAGUUAAAGAGCUGAAACAAAAGUUGCAUCUCAGCCAGCAGAGGGCGACACUUUGCUCCAGGGCGGCUGAGGAUGCUGACAGGGCUCGAGCAGAGGCCGAUAAGAGCAGGGCUCUAGCAGAGGUCCGUGCUCUGGACAGCAAACAGGAGAAAGAACUUGCAACAUCCGACAAAACACGGCUUAGUGAGGACCUACAACAGCUAAAGAAAGAGCACACCAAUGUCCAGAUGCUUUUAACGCAAAGUGAAAAGAACUACUUUGAGACCAAGAUUAAACUAGACAGAGUGUCAGGUGAUAAACAGGUUCUUCUGGAAGAGAACAGAGUACUGGAAGAUGAAAGAAACACAUUACGGCACAAACUGAAGGAGCUGACGGAGGAAAAUGUGAAGAUAAUGGAAAAGGAGGUGAACUCCAGACGCAGAGCUCUGCUCGCUGAGGAACAAUGCGAGAGAGCCAAUAAAGGCCAGCAAGAUGCUGAGCAGGAACGAAAACUUGCAGAGCGAGAGAGAGAAGAUCGCACCAGAGAGUGUCUUUCCUGGAGAGAGAAACACCAGACUCUGGCCGAAAUCAUCAGGGCACAGGAAGAACUCAAGUCUCAGAGGCAGACCAAAGCCUGCCAAGCUAAUAUAAAGAGCUACUUUCUAUGCAUGACUGAGAGCGACCAGAGGGUUAAGAUUCUCAAAAAUCAAGAUGGCACACCAAGAAACUUCUCAGAAGGAGACCCUGUGUACAUUUCCAAACCUGAUCCCGCCAGUGAGGAUUCAGACAGGAGCUCAGGAAGAACCAUGUUUCGGGUUGCUGCACCCCGGGUUGGAAGGGACACUGGACCGACCCACUUUAGUGAGCUGUCACCAAUGGCAAAUUCCCAUGAUUCUGGUUUUUCAAGAAGAAACAGAAAAGUAGUUGAAUAUUUUUGGAUCCCCACAGAUGAGGAAUAAUUAAUAAAUAGGACAUAUAUUUUAAACUCUUCAAAUGAAUGUGUUAAAAUAACACAUCUUGUAUAUACUUAAGGAAAACACAUCUCUGUGUUAUUUUUGGAACAACACACUUUGUUUUAACACAUCUUGUGUGGUCCCUCUUAUUUAUUUGAAUAUAAAAUCAACACGAAA